GCAGCACGACCGCGUUUUCACACCGGUUAAGGUGAUUGUAACGUGCACGGGCAGCCAUGGCUUCAGAAGAACCUAAAGCAAAGAAACAAAAGCUUUCAGAGGAGGAGAAGACAGAAUCUCCGACCAAAAAGACUCCUGCCAAACUAAGCCCUAAUUCACUCUUUGGGAUGGGAAACCCAUUACUGGACAUCAGUGCUGUAGUGGACAAAGAUUUCUUGGACAAGUACACUCUGAAACCCAACGACCAGAUCCUGGCAGAGGACAAACACAAAGCACUAUUUGAGGAGCUAGUGAAGAAGUUCAAAGUUGAGUACCACGCUGGAGGAGCCACACAGAACUCUAUAAAGAUUGCUCAGUGGAUGAUCCAAGAACCUCACCAUGUGGGCACAUUCUUUGGCUGCAUUGGGAAAGACAAGUUUGGAGACAUCCUGAAGCAGAAGGCUGAGGAGGCCCACAUUGAUGCCCACUACUACGAGCAAGACGAAGAGCCCACAGGGUCAUGUGCUGCUUGCAUCACCGGGGACAACAGGUCUUUGGUAGCUAACCUCGCUGCCGCUAACUGUUAUAAGAAGGAUAAGCAUCUAGACCUGGAAGAAAAUUGGAAGCUGGUGGAAAAAGCUAAAGUCUACUAUAUUGCUGGUUUCUUCCUGACUGUCUCCUUGGAGUCCAUCCUGAAAGUGGCGAAGUACGCAUCUGAUAAUAACAAGCUGUUUUGCCUGAACCUCUCUGCACCCUUCAUCUGCCAGUUCUUCAAGGAUAACCUCAUGCAGGUUUUGCCCUACGUCGAUGUGCUGUUUGGCAACGAGACGGAGGCAGCUGCAUUCGCUAAAGAGCAAGACUUCGAGACCAAAGACAUCAAGGAAAUGGCCAAGAAAGCCCAGGCUUUGCCCAAAGUCAACACUAAGAGACAGAGGAUUGUAGUGUUCACCCAGGGGAAGGAUGAAACUACUGUGGCCCUCAGUGACAAGAUCGAGACAUUCCCUGUACUGAAAAUUGACCCCAAGGACAUUGUUGACACAAACGGUGCAGGCGAUGCCUUUGUAGGAGGUUUCCUGUCUAAGCUGGUCCAGGAGAAACCAGUGGAUGAGUGCGUGAAGGCGGCACACUACGCCGCCAACGUCAUCAUCAGACGAGCAGGUUGCACCUUCCCAGAAAAACCCGACUUCAACUGAGGACUCGCGGACAGCCUUUCCCUCAGCCUUGCACGUCAUACUCAUCCGGCCAUACAUGACUCUGACUGAUGAUUUCCACUAUUUUCUACAAAUAAUACCCUCAAUUCAAUUUUUUUCAUCCGUCCGUGUCAUCCGUUGGUAAUUUCUAAGCGAUAUUUAGUUUGGCGCCUCCUGACGUGUGUGCCUGUCUCUUUGUUCUCCACUUGGGGCCACUAGAGGAUCAUGCAGCCAAGAGCCAAGGGAAGAUUUCUUUCUACAUAAAUGACCAUAAAGGAGUCGUGAUAAUAACCACAGGAUGUCAUAAUUUUGCUUUACGUAAAGGAUCUAAAUGGGAAAUCUUGUUUUCAUGGACAGUUGUUUUGGGAUUGUUUUUAAAUGCAUUUUGGCUCUGACACUGCCAGCUUCCAGCUGCACUGAUGCUGCGAGCAUGUGAUGAUAUCUCACGAGUUUCUUCCCCUCAGAGACAGAAUCAAAGCGCCAGAGGUUAAUUCCACAAUGGGUGGACACAUACACAAACAGAGGACUGAAGAAUAGAAUACCACUGUCAAGAGAGGUUUUGGAUACUGCAUUGAAAUGCGCAGUAGUGAUUUGCUUUAGACUUUUUUAACAUCAAUUAUUCCUUAUCAGGAUUGUUGGAAUUUCGUUUAACAGGCCAGUUAUGAAGCAAAACGUUUUUCCUUUAAGUGCUCACUUUUUAAAUGUGUCAAAGUCUCUGUCCACUAAGUCAGGUGAUGGCUGUCAAAUGUCAACUUUGCAGUGUCAAAAUAUUCUGAAACAAUGUCACAGUGGAAGUUUGCGUUUUCCUCACGCUGCUUUUCCUUUCUUUCUCUGUAAAUGUUUUUUCAAUAUUUGUGGAGACCUACAUUUGUCUGCAGGGAAACUAGACCAGUGAUGGGCAACAAGUGGCUUGUGUGGGAGGAAAUGGACACAACAACAUGCACAACAUGAAUACUUGAAUGCAACUAUCCUGAAUGUAGACCAGUGUUUCUCAGACUGAGGGAUGGGCCCCCUCGGAGGGCAUAGAGCCACUGCAAGGGCUGAGGGGGGGGGCGGACGUGGAUGAUUAGGGGGAAUUAAUAUGAUUUAUGUGGGGAAAAUAAGAGUUUGGUGAUGUGAUCAUGCUGACCUUUAUUUCACUAAAAUUCAACUUGGGUUCUUUUUUAUUAGUUGCUUCCUCAAGUAUUAAUGAUUAUUGAAAUUAUGGGGCCGGAGACAUUAACUUUUUUGGCUUCUGAAGAAGUUAUGCCAGAAAAAGUUUGAGAACCACUGAUUAUACAUGAUAACAGGCAAGAAGUAUGUACAGUUUUUCUGAAUAAUACAAGAGAUAAAUUGAAAGUUGUGUUUAUGUUGAUACUAAAAUGAUGCAUCCUGUCCCUCUGUUAAGUAGGCUGUUUCUUUAUGUCUUCAAGUACACCAAGAAGCCUUAUGUGACAUUUUAUUCCUGGUUUCUGUAGCACUCAAGUGGCCCGUCUGUGCUGCUGUGAUGCCUGAAAUUCACAAAUAAAACUAUAUCAUA